GGGAUCUGUGAGGGCUGUGGGAAAGGAGCGUGCCAUCCGGAGGCAGAAGAGGAGUCUCUUGUCUGUCUGUGUCCAUGUCUCCGCUUUGUUCUGACAAAGACCUCCAGCGUCCCGCCUGCUGCUGUUCUCAAACCUCUGGAUUUAAGUCGGCCGGAAUACCACCGGGACUAUCCUCUCAUCAUUCCGCGCUGCCACGUUCGGAUGGGAGGCAAAGUUGGACCUCUGUGGACUGCACAAUGGGUGACAAACACUUUGGCUUUUCUUGCGCUUUUCAGAGUUUCCUAGCAUCCAGGAUGACCUCACUUUUCUUCAGUCGAAGAGUUUUUAUACGUAACACAAAUUGAGCGCCUUCUCUUUUGCUUUUGUCUGUUUAAAAGUAGGUUAGCUAUUUGGGAAUAUAACAUUUUGAACUUGGCUUGUGAGGCACCUCCUGAUGUGAAAGAUGAGUGGGGAAGAAGGUUAGAAACAUGUCUCCAUCUCCCCCCCUCUCAGAAGUCAGUUCUAACCUUGUUCUAAAAAUGUGACUGUAGCACAUUUUUGUGCUCUUCGAUACAUAUAUAUUUUUAUUACUUUUGUCCUUGACUGGACUCUAUACGGUGGACUACAUCUGAUUUUACAGAUCUUCCCUCUCCAAGGGAACUGUCAAGUUAAACUCUUUGCUGUUAACCCACUUAGUUGCCCAAUCUCCCCUUUGGGGGUUUCCUUCAAACAUCUGUCCUACUCUAGUUUUCUUGAGGAAAGCAAAAAGACACAUCAGCACAGGGAGCACAGGGAAAGAAGACACCCCCCUCCCAAAGGUGUGAGGGGGGCAGAAGAUGGCAGCUCUCGCCAGCUCUCUCAUCAGACAGAAACGGGCAGUAAAGGACGACCAAGCCAACCGACCAGUCGCCAACAAGCGCAAGCCCUGUCCCAAGAGCAACAAGUCCUUGUGCCAGAAACAGAUUCUGGUGUUGAUAUCCAAGGUUCGACUAUGCGGGGGUCGGAAAGGUCGUAACGAGAAAAGACCAGAGCCGCAACUAAAAGGCAUUGUUACUCGACUGUACAGCCAACAUGGUUUCUACCUGCAGAUGCAGCCUGACGGCACCUUGGGCAGCACGAAGGACGAAAGCAGCGCAUUUUCACAGUUCAACUUAAUCCCGGUGGGACUGCGGAUUGUGGCAAUUCAGGGGACAAAAACAGGGUUGUACCUCGCCAUGAACAGCGAAGGAUACCUCUAUACCUCGGAACACUUCACUCCCGAGUGUAAGUUCAAGGAGAGCGUGUUUGAGAACUACUAUGUUACGUACUCGUCCAUGCUCUACCGCCAGACCCAGUCCGGACGCUCCUGGUAUAUCGGCAUUAACAGGGAUGGUCACAUCAUGAAGGGCAAUCGGGUGAAGAAGACCAAGGGGGCCGCACAUUUCUUACCGAAAGUCAUAGAAGUCGCAAUGUACAAGGAGCCGUCGCUGCAUGAGCUCGCCAGCGAACCGGUGAGUCCUCCUCGGAAGACAGCGAAGACGUCAGACUCGCCAACGCUCAAGAAUGGACGGAAAGAGUCUCCCCAGGCAGACGCCUCAUAGCACAGGAGAUUGAGGGUGGGACAAAAGGGCAGAAGUGACACUGGGAACUCGGUUGCCCAUAAUGCAUUGAGCGUGGCUGAAGAAACGGCUCCUGCCGGCCACCGUGACCCAGAAUUGCGCUUCCAGAUGCUGAGAGUUAAAGAGCCAGGAGAAGGCCUGAGAGAGAGGAGUCCCCGCCCUCACCUGAAGCCACAGAAAGAAAGCCCCGGAUUUGUAACAACCCACCCAACUUCCUCAAAUAUAUCUCUCUCCCUCUUUCACUAUGUCUCCUGUGACGUCAUAAUUCACAUGUCCCUUUAUUUUCCUGCCGGACUCAAGCUUCUUUUUCUAUUCGCUCUGUUGUACUCAAUGUUCAACCCUAACAAAUUUCCCUCCUGACUCGGCGUCAUAAUCCUAACCCAUGGGGAGCUCCUAUUGAGCCUCAAAGUUGGUGACAGCGUGGUUCUGCCUCACCCAAGCUCUCCACCCACCAUCUGCCCACCAGCUAAAGUAAUAACCAGGGUCCUCUAAAGCUUAAAUCGAGAUGAAACGGAUCAGAGGGGAAAGCAAUCAGCAGGGAGCCUGAGUCAGGUCAUACCAGCACGCCAACGUAAGCAAAGCAAGUUUAUCACAUCAAAAACUAAAACCUGUUGUCAAAAGGUUUUCUUUUUGGUUUUUUUUUUUCUUGUUGUUCCUGUGUAUCUUAUAAAAGUUCAAAGUGAUGAUGACUUCAGCCUGUCAAAUGUAAGAAAGAUGAUAAAAUUGUUGAUUACUCGAGUUAAAACAAAAAAGGUGCUAUAACAAUCCCAGUCAGACAGAACAAAAAAAUACAAUGCAAACAAAAUAAAGCAACUAAAGCCAUGACAAAACUCUAAACAAUUUGAUUAAUAUUUCUCAAGGAAAUUGUUAAAAAAAAAUUACAUUCAGAGAAAUAAUAAAAGAGGAAAACGCGGUCCUUCCUGUGAUCGCUACCACACCAUCGCUAAUUACUGCGCGCGCUCAUCAAAGACAACAAAUGAGCAACCCGGACGCAAAGUUAAACCCGGGGCGGAUCUGAGUUCAGACGCAUGGAAAAAGGUGCACUAAUGUAUAGUUCAGUCAGCAUCUGCUGUCAGCAUAAAUCCAGGUUUGAAGCCCAACAUCAAAGCCACGCAGCCUAUGAGCCGGAGCACUUGUUAUUCCGAGGACGUCUGGCAGCUUAUCCACUCACUCACUUUAUCAAAUCACCUUGGAAGAAUUGCCCUAAAAAAAAAAAGGAAAGGAAAAAAAAAAUGGAGUUGUCUGAGUGAAUGUCCUGGUGUGACAGUGUUUUAACCCCAGCGAGUGGAUGUGUGUAGAUGGACAGUUAGAGUGAAUGAGAGCCUGUGCAGGGGGAUAGAUGGAGGAAAUGUGGGUAGCAUCUUCUGUGUCCUUCACACUAAGCUCAGCGUCGUGUCUUCGAUACGUCGGCUCCUGUGAGUAAGUGAUAUUUCAUCUGUCUUGUGAACCAUUCGCAGUGACUCUUGUCCAACGCACGAUUUAAAAUAGCAUUGUUUCAGGGCCGCCUCAGUGCAUCGGACUGAGAAUGUAUUUCGUUCAAUUAAGUAACUUUUCUUUUUUUUUAGAAACUUUAGGCUAUAAAAGCAGAGUCAUCAGCAUAUGUGUUUAUCAGCACAAUAUUAACACAAAACCUUGUUUUGCCAGGAAAAUAGUGAGUGGAAAGUGCAGAGAACAAACAAGAAAAUAUGCUCAUUAUGUGUCUAAGGUGGUAAAUUAAUGUGAGGAAGGGUUACAGAAUGUGACAUAGAAGACUUAUGAAUGUGCACUACAGAGGGUGAAAGCAAGUCUGGAAUAAAAGAGUGAAAAUGCAAAAGAUGCAUUGGCGGUUAGUUGGGAAGUGUGAAGGAUUAGCAGGUGUAUUCUUGGGGAAUGUCGAUAAGAAAGUUGUGCUGCAGAGGAAGCAGGAGAGGUUCGACUUGCAGCAUGUAGAUAUGACAAUGAGACAGAGAGACAUUGCAUUCAGUUCAUAACAUGGAGCGUAGUUGGAGAGAAUUAGUUGAAGGGCUUCACUCAACCCUCCCCCUUUGCUAAGUCUUUGCAUUUUUGGGAGUGUUUGCAGGAAAACAGUCCCUCGCUUAGCAUUGGGAUAUUUUAUCCAUGUGGAAAAUACAGCAGCAGCACAGACCUUCAAAUCUCUAUUUUUGAACACAGCUCCCUCUCUCUGGGGAAUUUAGCAUACUCAAACUGAGUUCUAGCUGUGCAUCACCAACCACUGUAUAAUAUCAAAGUGUUUGCACAGCGGUUAGCUCACGGUUGUAUAUUUCUAAGAUGCCCAUAAGCUGAAGAUAUGAAAGUAUUUGGAGGCACAAAGCAGUGACAUCAAAAGAUUCUUUUAGAGCCAAAAUUUUACUCUUCGUGCAUACAGAAUCACUACAAUGAUAAAUAUGAUAAUUACAUACAAAGAGUAGGGGGUUGUUUACGAUUUACUUUGCUUGAUAAGAUGUAGUUAGCAUCCAGCUAAUUCUUUUCUGGUUUUUUUUUUUACAUUAACUCUUUGAGUUAUUAUGGAUCUCAGAGUCGGAUGAUUAAAUGAAUUUCAUUUAAGUUAAGUUAUAUGUUUUUCUCCAUAUAACGUUAUAUAACUUUCAGACUCACAGCAAAUAUGUGGAAGUGCAUGGGUGCUGGCCAUUUCACUCCUUUGCCACUUUUGCAGUUUACAAGGUUUUUUUUUGUUGUGUACUCCCAGUUACCUGUAAAGAAAUAUGGUCAUAGGAUUCCAAUAAUCUACCACAGGGAGUUCACUUUGAUUCAGUUUCAUUUGAUUAGGGGGCAUAAUAUUUUAAGUCAACUGGUCAAAACAGAAAUUGGAGUCUGUUUAAUAUCCAGUAACUGAAUGUUUUUAGCUCAUUGUCUUAUGCUUGGAAGUUGAGCAUUUUAUAGGUAUAUUUUUUAAUGAAAUAGUUUUUUUCCUGGUAGGAAGUGGAAAAGAUGGAGGUAGGAAAUGAGCCUUAAAAUUGGCAAAAGAGUGAAUUGACUUGAGGUAAUUAAAAAAAAAAAACCUAACAAAUACGGUUGUAUUUUCUCUUUAGAAGGGAACAAUUGCCAAUUGUAUUAGGAAUAAAAAGAUUAUAGCAACGACAAAACCACACCCUGUUCUCACUAAACACAAAUUGUAACAUUAGCAUGAUGAAAGGUGUGAUGAUGCCCAACUUUAUUACACUUGUAAUUAUGAAAAACUGGAGAAAUUUACACAUUUUCUUCCCAGUAAUUGGCUAAGUGUGGCCAGUCAUAUUGGAUUUUGGUGGCAAAGUUGGUAAUGACCUAAAGAAUAAUUUUAAGUCCAAAUUACAAGAAAGGUUGAAAUUGACUUUCACGACUUGCAACUUAGGAAUUUAGAAUACUGCAUGAAGUAUUUGCUUCAUGGUUUAUGGUUACUAAAAUAUCUGCCUCACCACAAAACUUGUGUGAUCUAUACGGAGGAAGAUUAGGGGUACUGGAAAAAAUCUUUUUUCAGGUAAUUCUGUAAUUCAGGUCAGAAUUACAAGAUUAAAUUCAAUGUAUAUUCCUUUUCAUAGUUUACUCGUCUUCUGUAGAUAUACCUACUGUCUUCUAACAAUUUCAAGGACUCCACAGACUACACAAUUGUAAAACUCCUAGUUUAAAUGUUUUUCCCAACACAAAAGAACUUGCAUGCUUUAAAAAAAAUUAUGCGUUCGGAUAUUUGCAACACCUAUGAUUCGUCACACUGAGGACAAAAACACACAAAAAACUUCAAUGUUGAUGGUGUGAAAUCACAAAGUUUCUUCUUCUUCUUUUGAAUUGGCACACUAUCACCACCUGUCGGUAAGAAAUGAAAGUGAAGUUAGUUGAAUGGCACAGCUGACCCUAAAAACAAGGCAAACAGGUAUGUGAACAUGCCAUUAAGGCGGUGACGGUUUGGACGUGCAAUUGCUGGGAAGCAUGCCAAGCCCUAAAGAGCAGCGAGUCCUUAACUGUGCAAGAGUGAAGAAUGCUGCAGUAAGUUGUUUGUUUUUGAUUUUGUAAGUAGACAGACGGCAACAAAGAAUGUCAGGAUGAUGAAAAGAAACUGAAAGUAAGAGAGAGAGUUUAGGAGGGAAAAGGUUGAAAGUUGUUAGAUGGGAUGGUGUUGUAGGUGAGAAGAAACAAAAAACAGCUGGAGUAUUAAGAUGGUAUUUUUGGUUUGACGAGAUCUGACAGCGAAAAUACAUGAACUGGACAAAAACAAACAGUGAGGUGUUAACAAGGAAAACAAAAACACUUUAGUUCGUAUGCCCACACAUGAGCUUUUCAUCUCCUGAACAGCAGCAUCUACACCCCAUUAACUCUCUCUUCAACAUUAUGUUGCCUGUGUAGGCGUAUACUUACAGCUUCUUUAUAAAGCUCUGUAUGGUUGCGUGGUUGCGUGCGUCAAUGAGUAAUGGGAGGACGAAACAAAAAGAAAGGGAGCAUAAGAGUGAGACAGUCAUCAACAGAUUGAAUAAAGCAAGAAAUGAAUAAACUCCAACUCAAAAAGCAGAAAAACAUUUAAUCAAAAGUGAGUUUCUUUAUCUAUUGCAAAUAAAUUUUUUUUUUUAAAGAUUUCACAAUAGGAGCAUAUUGCACCUUAGAAGAAAUGGGAAUUAUUUAAGAUAUCUUGAGGUUUACCUCAUCAUGUUGACAGGCUUCUUAAAGCAUUUUGACUUCAUCACCAUACAACGGGACUAACAGGCAAUAAUGAACACCACACCUGCGUCGAUUCAGCAGAGGUGUUUGAGAACCCAAAGCUAUACUGCACUGAACAACCAACAUCCAGGGAACCUUUUUAAAAGACAGUCAGGUCUUUGAUUUGAAGUCCAUCGUAAACAAUCAACCCGACGUUAUGAUCACACAACAACGUUGCGUGAGAAUACCGCGGUGCUUUUGGUGCACCUACUGAAACCGGUGUGAGCUAUGCAUGUUUUUGAUUUCAAGCACUGAAAAAAAGACUGUUAAUGUUCUCAAGGAUCUUUUGGGUGAGUUGUUCAAAGCUCAUGAGAAACCAUUAUACCCGGCUGUACCGCUGGCUCUUGUGAUUAAAAAGCAGCUCAUCUCUGUGGACACAUGGUCCAAUAGUCACUUUCAUUAGACUUUUGCAAGAACUUCUGUCACACGCAGUUCAGUUACCGUGUAAAACUAUGUGCGACUAUAGCUCCCUCUAAUGGCAUAAUUAUGAAAGGACGGGUUCAUGUCUUUUGCUGCAUUGAGAAAUGUCUGUCAUCGGAAUUACACACAAUCAGAGCAAAUUUGACAGCAUAACAUCAUGGCAUUUGUAUUCAGAAAGUCAUGUUGAAUUUAAAUCUGUCCUAUAAAGCCACUUGAUUUCGCCCUAAAAUGUCACUAAUUCUACAAACAGCAGUUAUUUACUGAAAUUUAGGAAAAGACUUUAUGAAAGAAAGAAAUGAAAGAUAAUGCGGAGAAAUGCCCAGCAAAAUGACAGCAUUGUAUGGUCACAAAAAUAUUUAGAGGGCAGAUUAAGCCAAUUAAAUGACCCGAAUGUCAAAGAAAUAAUCAGUCCUGACACAUUGUCACGGGUGGUAUAAUUGGAAAUUUUAAAUAUUCAAAGUUGUAAAUGAGACUUUGCUGCAGGUUUGCUUCUGCUUAUUCUUGUAAGUGUACUUAGGAAUUUUCAAAAUGUGUGGAAUCUCAGUUUGAGAUUACAAAAAAAAAAAAAGUGUGCUUCGGGGCAACAACAUCUGUCCUAAUGUGUAAAAUGAAUGGACUGCUGCUUGUUCUGCCAAUAAUACAGUGUUUGUAUAUCUGGCGUAUUUUUUCUCUGUCUAUUUUUUUAAUUCUCUGAAAUGAGCUUAUCCGUGUUGCCAUUUCUGUUAAAAGGUUUUUUUUGUUUGGUUGUUUGUUUGCCUCUGGUAAUGCAAAUCUCUCAGCGGAAGGCAGAAAAGCUGCUCCUGUUCGGUGUGUCUAUAUCAUUUAUAAACGUGUUUAAUGUGUUCGGUCAGCACUGUUGUAUCCAAAAUUGUAUGAAAUCCUGAGCGAAAACGAAUCCAAAGCUAAUUCUGCCGCGUGGGUAAGCUGUGUAUGAGUGAUGCAUUGUUGUGGGGCCAAUGCUUUGCCUCAUUGUGGGUGUUUGCCCUAAUGGCCCCCUUCCCUCACCGCCCCCCUUUGCUCUUACAGACGUUUGACUUCUCUCCCGCUCUCUCAGACCAAUCGUGUUGUCUUCCAAAAGCACUAACUCCUACUUUUCUAUUCAACAAACCAACAAAGAAAGCCAUGACAUUUUUUUUUUGUUCCUUUUUAAAAGGCCUUGGCUGUGGUUAGAGAGCAGGACAGACUUCGAAGACGCUUCAUGAGUGUAACCAGGGACUAAGCCACAUGUUGGACUGCUCUCGCCAAGAGCCCAAAGACGCACCAACGGUCCUCAUGUACCGGCUUUCUUGAACACUCUUCAGUGAAAGAGAAGCAAAAACCGAAGACCAGCAAUAUGCAACAAGAACUACCAGCCUGCACUCAAGGAGAUCAAGUAAACCUAUAAGGCCAUCUAACAAUUUUCCAGACUCUUUUUAUUUUAAAGCAUGCAUACUUUGGCUCUUUAAGGAUGACUCCCUCUCAGUAUCUACAGAGACAAGCCCUCGAUUCACCCUCUCUCCACUUUGACCUGUGUACAUUUCUACCACCUCUACAUGAAUCAAAGGGAAAUGUAUUAUUCUGAUAUAUUAAUCAAUAAAUUAACAUAUAUUUGUAUGAUUGUAA